GCCACGCUGCCUGCCUCACCCUCUCUGCCCAUGUGUCCAGAGAGUUAAUCAUGAUGUUAUGGAAGCUCCCGUCUGUUUGCAGUCCUGCCAGGAAAUGCAUGAAAUCUUUCCCUUUCCAGUGGGGACGAGGAAUUAGCUCUGGGACGGCUCGUCUUGGAUCGGUGAGUCUAAAAGGUCGCAGCUGUCUCACACUGAAAGAUUUCAGCUCCGAAGAAAUCACGAGGUUACUGUGGGUGUCAGGAGACCUGAAGCGUCUAAUAAAGCAGGAAAAGCAGUAUCUGCCUCUGCUACAAGGGAAGUCCAUCGCGAUGAUAUUUGAGAAGAGGAGCACCAGAACAAGAAUGUCCACCGAGACAGGGAUGGCUCUGUUGGGCGGACACCCUUGUUUCCUCACCUCACAAGACAUCCACCUGGGUGUGAAUGAGAGCUGCACCGACACAGCCAGGGUUCUCUCGGGCCUCUGCGAUCUCGUUCUGGCUCGGGUGUACAGCCACUCCACGCUGGAGGAGCUCCACAGGGAGGCCUCCAUUCCCAUCAUCAACGGUCUGUCUGAUCUGUAUCACCCCAUCCAAAUUCUGGCGGACUUUCUCACUCUGCAGGAGCAUUACGGAUCCUUAAGCGGACUAACCGUAAGCUGGAUUGGAGAUGGAAAUAAUGUCCUCCACUCUUUCAUGAUGGCUGCAGCCAAACUGGGUGUUCAUCUCAGAGUUGCCACACCAAAGGGGUACGAGGCGGACAGCAGUGUAAUCCAAGAGGCUAAAAACCUGUCCAAACAGCACGGGACACAGCUUGUUCUGACCUCUGACCCGAUGGAGGCUGCCCACGGCAGCAAUGUACUGGUCACUGAUACUUGGAUCAGCAUGGGACAGGAAGAGGAGAAGAAGAAGAGGCUCAGAGACUUUCAAGGAUACCAGAUCACCAUGAAGACCGGAAGUGUGGCCGAGCCCGACUGGACCUUCCUUCACUGCCUCCCCCGGAAACCGGAGGAGGUGGAUGAUCAGGUUUUCUACUCGACACGUUCUCUGGUCUUUAACGAAGCAGAGAACAGGAAAUGGACCAUCAUGGGUCUGAUGGUUUCCCUGCUGACUGACUACUCUCCACAGAUCCCCUCGUCAAAAUUCUAACAAUUUCCCCCUAAUAGAGUGAGGUGUAUGUGGAUUUACUGUCAAGUGCAAAUCAUUAGACUUCCUCUCAGCACUUCAACGCCAAUAGAUUACUCCACAGUUGUUACGUUUACAAUGUUUCCUACGAUUACUGAGUGUUUAAAGUUUAAAAUAUCAGGUGCUUUCUUCAUACAUUUGAGGAAUGGGGAGAAUGUCUUAAAAUGUGUAAAACUUUUUCUCUGCUCAGCUUAUCAGAUUUAUUGUUUUUUAUUAUUUUGCACCUUUGCUUAUUUGAAUGAAAAUAAAUAACGCAAAAAGAUUAUUCACCUUACUGAGCUGAUAAUGAUUUUUUGGGGGGAAUUUGAGUCCGUUUUUUGGUGAGAAACCAAACAGCAGAACUAUCCUUGAUUGUUCCUUGAUUGUUGCUGGGUCUGUGAAGGCAAAAUAAAAGUCAAACAAUGUGAAAAUAAAUCAUGUUUACAACAAA